GAUCGAAUCAGGGUUCUUGGGUGACGAAGACCUUCGACCGUCUGUAUCACUCAGUCGAUCCGUCCCGCAAUCCGAUCCGCGAGAAGAGUAUAUUGAUGUCAUGGCAACAAUAUAAGACGAACUCAAUCGGACUGAGAAUUCCUGUCAUAUAUAUUUUCGUCCAGACGGUGUUCUACGAGGAACUCCCAGCGGCCCAGAGAGCUAUGCAGCAGCUUAUGCAAGUUUUGUGUGAUAAGAUUCGCGUGGAGCUCCGGGUAUCGUUUCUCUUCGUUUCGUUUAAGCCACCUGGGCAUAAUGACCUCGUGAGCCUCAGGAAGUUACUUAUGGAGUACACUGGCGUCAAAUUCCGAUCCAGUUUUGGGUUCUCUUAUAGUGGGCGGGACUCCAAUCCUCCCGACCGGAGCCCUAGAGGCGCGGAGGAAGGUCUUGAUGGGGUCCUUCAGGCAAAGACUUACCAGGCCGGCACCCAGGGGGUAGAAGGAUGGCUUAAUCAAGAGUUAUUCGAGCAUGUCAUCCCCGUCACCUUUCAUAACUUUAAUUGUUGACAGGGG